AUGAAAUGGUUUGCGCUGUCCCUACCCAACCGGCCAGCGGGCUCUGGCCCUGCCAAUGUCGACGGUUCCCAGAAGGCCCAGACCAUGUCCGUUUGCGGUCCAAGGAUCGGGUUCCUCGUCUCCUUGCUCUUUGUCCUGAACUCGACGGGAGUUGCUGCCGGGUUACUAGCUCCUGUUCUAGGAAUGCCCAGGUGA